AUGGGUGAAAACAGCCCCAAUAUAGUCAAGCCUUUUGAGACCGAAGCUGCUUGUCAGGAAUCAGAAUGCCAAGAAGUAGCUAAAGAGCUUCGCUCGGUAUCUAACUCAUCCACAGAUGUGCAAAAUGAGAGCAUGGAAAAAGUUACAGAGGCCACAAAUGACGAAGAGCGAAAAUAUUUGACUGGACUCAAGCUUGUGAUGGUGGUAGUAGCAGUCACUUUGGUUUGUUUUUUGGUGUUACUAGAUACCUCUAUCAUCGCUACUGCUCUUCCGGUCAUUACCACUCACUUUCACUCACUUGAAGAUCUGGGAUGGUAUGGAAGCUCAUACCAAAUUGCCAGCGCAUGUUUACAGCCCCUCACAGGUAGAGUCUAUACAAAUUUUCGCACCAAGUGGACUUUCCUGGUUUUCUUCUUUGUUUUUGAAUUAGGAUCACUCCUUUGCGGCAUUGCAACAUCCUCCAAGAUGUUAAUUAUUGCUCGUGCCAUCGCUGGACUAGGCUCCUCUGGAUUGAUGAAUGGUUCUCUAACUAUCAUCGCAUCCUCAGUUCCCCUUCAUAAGUCUCCAUCCCUGAUUGGGAUGAUGAUGGGAUUUUGCCAACUUGGUAUUGUUUUGGGUCCUCUUUUAGGGGGUGCUUUCACAGAAUACGCAUCUUGGAGAUGGUGUAUGUACCCUAUUAUCGAAUCUUUUGAGGCUGGUUCUCUAACCGAUUAUCACCAUGAAGGCUUUUAUAUCAAUCUUCCCAUCGGAGCACUGGUCGCAGUCCUCUUGAUAUUCAUUGAAAUUCCCGAUCAGGGUAGCAAACCUUCUAUCAAAUCAGCAGCCAAUACAAUCACUCACAACCUCGAUCUCAUCGGCUUUGUGCUCUUUGCACCUGCAGCAAUCCAACUCUUGCUUGCACUAGAGUAUGGCCAAAACGAGUUUCCUUGGAACAGUGCAACAGUCAUCGGUCUUUUCUGCGGCUCAGGUGCCACCUUGAUCGUUUUUCUACUUUGGGAAUACCGAAUGGGAGACCGAGCCAUGAUCCCUCUAUCGAUGCUUGCAAAGAGAACUGUCUGGUCAAGCUGUGUUGUGAUGUUCUGUAUCUUCGCCAUGGUCCUCAGCGCUGCCUAUUACCUCCCUGUCUACUUCCAGGCAAUCAAAGACGAAUCACCGAUGAUGAGCGGUGUUUACUUACUCCCCAGCAUCUUGGCACAAUUGGCGUUUGCAGUAGCUUCGGGGGCUCUCAUUGGAAAGAUGGGAUACUAUAUGCCAUGGACAAUUGCUUGUGGAAUUCUUUCGUCGAUUGGCAGCGGUCUCUUAUCAACACUUACAGUACGCACAUCCACCGGCAAGUGGGUUGGGUAUCAAAUACUUUUAGGAGCUGGGCGAGGCGCAGGCUUUCAAACACCCAUCAUCGCUAUUCAGAACUCAUUGCCAACUACGCAGGUCUCAGUGGGAAUGUCUAUUCUCAUGUUUUUCCAAACGCUCUCUGGUGCAAUUUUUCUCUGCGCUGCUGAUCUGAUCUUUUCAUCUGGCCUUGAAUCCUUGAUUCCAAAAGAAGCGCCUAAUGUCAAUCCACAAACUGUCAUUUCUGCGGGUGCUACCGGUAUUCGCAAUGUCGUAUCAAGUGAAGAUUUGCCUGGGGUGCUUAAGGCCUAUGCACAAAGUAUAGAUCACGUCUUCUAUAUGUGUGCCGCUCUCGGAUGCCUUUGUCUGAUAUUUUCUUUUGGUAUGGGCUGGAAAGAUAUCCGGAAGAAAGAGCCGACACCAGAACAGGCAUAA